UUUGGGGGAGACGGGGACGUUUGGAGAUCGCCCUAGGUCAACCAGAAUGCAGGGGCGAGGGGGCGCUCCGGAACUACAUCUCCCAGCAUGCCCGGGAGACCGGAAGCCCCGCCCACCCGCCUCUCGGUGCAUUGUGGACGAUGAGUCAAGACAGGACGGGGGCAGCCAGACUUUAGCAGACCGCCCGACCGCGGUAGGUCCGCACUCGGGUCAGCGGCGGCCGGAGCGGUUCGGAGAUGCAGGCGGCCCGGAUGGCCCCGAGCGUGGGGCGGCAGCUGCGGAGGCUGGGGCUCGGAAGAUCGCGGCCCCGUGCGCUCCUGUGGCAGCCCCCGCCCGGCCCGGCCCGCCGACCCUAUGCCAGCGGGGCCGCUCAGGCCGUUGUGGAGAAGUCCGAUUCCUUCUCCCCCGAGGCUUCGACCAGGGAGAAACAGGCCAAGGCGGAAUCGAAGUCCUUUGCUGUGGGCAUGUUCAAGGGCCAGCUCACCACCGACCAGGUGUUUCCUUACCCGUCCGUGCUCAACGAGGAGCAGACACAGUUUCUCAAAGAGCUGGUGGGGCCGGUGUCCCGUUUCUUUGAGGAGGUGAACGAUCCUGCCAAGAAUGACAUGAUGGAGAAGGUGGAGGAGACCACCAUGCAGGGCCUCAAGGAGCUGGGGGCCUUUGGUCUGCAAGUGCCCAGCGAACUGGGUGGUGUGGGCCUCUGCAACACGCAGUACGCCCGUUUGGUGGAGAUCGUUGGCACACAUGACCUUGGCGUGGGCAUCACCCUGGGGGCCCAUCAGAGCAUCGGCUUCAAAGGCAUCCUCCUCUUUGGCACCAAGGCCCAGAAAGAAAAAUACCUCCCCAAACUGGCAUCUGGGGAAACCAUAGCUGCUUUCUGUCUAACCGAGCCCUCCAGUGGGUCCGACGCCGCCUCCAUCCGAACUUCAGCCGUGCCCAGCCCCUGUGGGAGAUAUUACACCCUCAGUGGAAGCAAGAUUUGGAUCAGGCAAUCCUCCCCUGCCCGUCUUUGUCUCUUCUCCACCUCCUCCCAGUUUCAGGCCCCACUGCUCUGUCCCCCGCACCCUGACUGCCCCUUAUUUUUCCAUAGUAACGGGGGCCUGGCAGAUGUAUUCACGGUCUUUGCCAAGACACCAGUCACAGACGCAGCCACGGGGGCCGUGAAGGAGAAGAUCACAGCUUUCGUGGUGGAGCGGAGCUUUGGAGGUGUCACCCAUGGGCCCCCCGAGAAGAAGAUGGGCAUCAAGGCCUCGAACACGGCAGAGGUGUACUUUGACGGAGUACGGGUGCCAUCAGAGAACGUGCUGGGCGAGGUGGGGGGCGGCUUCAAGGUCGCCAUGCACAUCCUCAACAACGGAAGGUUCGGCAUGGCCGCGGCCCUUGCGGGCACCAUGAGGGGCAUCAUUGCUAAGGCGGUGGACCAUGCUGCUAAUCGUACCCAGUUUGGGGAGAAAAUUCACAACUUUGGGCUGAUCCAGGAGAAGCUGGCCCGGAUGGCUAUGCUGCAGUACGUGACUGAGUCCAUGGCUUACAUGGUGAGUGCCAACAUGGACCAGGGAGCCACGGACUUCCAGAUCGAGGCCGCCAUCAGUAAAAUCUUUGGCUCGGAGGCGGCCUGGAAGGUGACCGAUGAGUGCAUCCAGAUCAUGGGCGGCAUGGGCUUCAUGAAGGAGCCUGGGGUAGAGCGCGUUCUCCGAGACCUUCGCAUUUUCCGGAUCUUCGAGGGGACCAAUGACAUUCUCCGGCUGUUUGUGGCUCUGCAGGGCUGUAUGGACAAAGGCAAGGAACUUUCUGGAAUUGGCAAUGCUCUAAAGAAUCCCUUUGGGAAUGCCGGCCUCCUGCUAGGAGAGGCAGGCAAACAGCUGAGGAGGCGGGCAGGGCUGGGCAGUGGCCUGAGUCUCAGUGCUGUCAUCCACCAGGAGCUGAAUCGGAGCGGAGAGCUGACAGUGAAGGCUCUGGAGCAGUUUGCCGCCGUGGUGGAGGCCAAGCUAAUAAAGCACAAGAAGGGGAUCGUCAAUGAACAGUUCGUGCUGCAGCGCCUGGCAGACAGUGCCAUUGACCUCUAUGCCAUGGUGGUAGUGCUGUCCAGGGCCUCAAGAUCCCUGAGCGAGGGCCACCCUACAGCCCAGCACGAGAAGAUGCUCUGUGACAGCUGGUGUAUCGAGGCGGCAGCCCGGGUCCGGGAGAACAUGGCCGCUCUGCAGUCUGACCCACAGCAACAGGAGCUGUUCCGUAACUUCAAGAGCAUCUCCAAGGCCUUGGUGGAGCGAGGUGGCAUAGUCACCAGCAACCCCCUGGGCUUCUGACCGCUCCCCGCCGCCAGGGCCUGGCCUGGCACGUGCCUUCUUGAGCCCAGCGCCCCCCACCGGUCCUGGUGCUGCCUUAAAGAGGGCCUGGCCCAGCGCCCCACUGCUCUCUCAGCCUCGCUCCGCCGGGUCUCCUCUUGGCCUCUCGCUGCCUGCCUCCCUCCCAAAGAAAGGAGCCAGAGGCGUGGGGAGUUUGCCCCUAUUGCUUUAUUUGGUUUUAUACAAGAGACUAAAUAAAUAGAGUAACAAAAGCAG